UGAGGUACACCCGCGCUUAAAAGUAACAAUCCGUUGAUUAUUUUUAAAAAUCCACAUUUUCCACUUGCCUAGAGAGAGAAAGUUUCAAACUUUUAGACAGCAAGAAAGCAACCCUCAUCAUCUUUUGAACCAAUCGAUUCGAUUUUAUUUUGUUUUUUUGUUUUUUUAAAUUUAUGUAAAUAUACUUGGAUUGCAAGUUCUAUACUCUUCUUUUUCAAAUCUCGAGGCAGGUAUUAAGGUAUAGAUUUAUCAAGAUUUUGUGUAUAAAAAUCUUGAAAUAGAAUGUAAUUUCUUUUUCUUCAGAAAGUGAAGGACAAAGGGAGGAGGAAAAGGGUCGAAUCCUAGGCAAAAUUUUGUUUCAAGGCGUGGGUAAAAGCCCAACAGUAUAGUUUUUAUCGAUGCUGUUCCGUUUUCAAGUUUCUGUAAAGAGAAAAGGGGCAAAAUAGGUGAUCUUUUGAGGGUCUUGUUUUUUUUAUAUAACGCUCGCUCAAAAAAGAUUCACAUGCAAGAGAGGAGAGAAAUAAAUAAAUAAAUCAUGCAGAAUAUGAAGAAGAAGAUAAAUAGUAACAAUACUGAUGGUAACGGUGAUGAGAAUAAUGGUGAAGUUCCAAAGCAGAAGGAGAGACAUAUUGUUUCUUGGUCUCAAGAGGAGGAUGAUAUUUUGAGAGAGCAGAUUAGGGUUCAUGGCACUGAAAAUUGGGCAGUCAUAGCUUCCAAAUUCAACAAUAAAACAACCAGGCAAUGUAGAAGAAGAUGGUUCACUUAUUUGAAUUCUGAUUUCAAGAAAGGAGGUUGGUCACCUGAGGAAGACUUGCUCCUAUGUGAGGCUCAGAAGAUAUUCGGCAACAGAUGGACUGAGAUUGCAAAGGUGGUUUCAGGCAGAACUGAUAAUGCUGUGAAGAAUCGGUUCACGACUUUGUGUAAAAAGAGAGCAAAGCAUGAAGCCUUAGUAAAAGAAAACAAAGCUUCAUACAUCAACCUAAACAACAAAAGGGUUAUUUUUCUAAACAACAAAAGGGUUAUUUUUCCAAAUGGGCUCAAUGCAGAGGAAGCAUCUGAAAGUGCGGCACCUCUUAAAAAGAUGAGGUCCUACAUCUUAAAUCCUACUGAUAGUUGCCACCAGGGAGAAAAACUAGUUACAAACUAUCUAUUUAGACAUCCUUUUGCAGUACUGGCACAAAACUUCCACGGUAAUGAGGGUGAAUUGCCGACUCACUUGAAUGUCAACCAUGUAAAUGGGGCAUCAAUUAAUGGACCUGGAAUUGACAAAAUUCAAAGAACCUUUCUUAAGGACGAUCCAAAGGUACUUGCAUUGAUGCAGCAAGCAGAAUUGCUCAGCUCACUUGCAAUCAAAGUUAAUUCGGAGAACGCAGAUCACAGUCUCGAAAAUGCCUGGAACGUUCUGCAACAUUUUCUGAAGCAAAACAAAGAUAGUGAUCUGCUGGCAUAUAGAGUUUCUGAUACUGAUUUGCAGCUAGAGAGUUUCAAAGGGUUGAUGGAGGAUUUGAUUAAAAAUGAAGUAAGCAAGCCAUCUUGGAGGCAACCUGAUUUGUAUGAUGAGUCCCCUGCCAGCUCAGAAUAUAGUACUGGAUCAAGUAUGCUAUGUCAUCCUCCAGGUGAAAAUCCCGAAGAAUGCCAAGCCGAACAAUGUACAUUUCAUCAGGAAACUGGGCGCGAGUUACAGUCAAACCAGUUGGGUGACCAACCGAGUCUUGCUGACGAAAACAGAAUGUGUAUUGCAGGCACAAAUGAAGAGAAAAGCUUGUUAUCAACUGAUGAAAUGAAAGUUAACAAUGGAGUUGUAGGUGAAUAUUCAAAUAUAGAAUUCAGUUCCCCUCUUCAAGUGACUCCACUAUUCAGGUCAUUGGCAGCGGCAAUUCCCAGCCCGAAAUUUUCAGAAAGUGAGAAGCACUUCUUAAUGAAAACAUUUGGGAUGGAGUUACCACUCCCAAGUCCAAGCACCAAUCCUUCUCAAGCUCCACCUUGCAAAAGGUCCCUCCUCCAUUGUCUUUGACCAGUCUUACUUUUUAAUCUUACCUACAAUAUUCUGCAGAAUUCAGAAUCACCACUACUUAUCAGGAGUUUUCAACAUAUGUAGAGCUUUUUGAUUAAUAUUUUGGAGUUCUUUGUCCUCGGAUUGCAGCCAUCUCGACCUGAGUUUUUUUAAAAAUAGGCUUACGAAGAUCUGCUUUGCAAUCUAGGGUGGUGCUAAAGUCCAUUCCGGUAUUUUUUUUCCUUUUGUGAAGAUUGAUUACUGCCCUUUUGAGAGUUUUCGACCUAAUACUCACAUUGGUUCCCGUUUGCAUUGUUUGUGUGUCAUUUUUUUGUUUGUCUUGUCAUGGAACUCGGAUAUGGCUUUCCAUUGUUCCCAAAAGUUUUUUUUGGCUAGAUAAGCCGAUUGUACAGACACUAUACUAAAAUCCCUUAGUUAUUUGGGGUGUAAUUAUACAAUGGCACCUCGCCAACUAUACCCUCUGGAGAGAUCGGGGAAAAAAAAUGGAGACGGUAAAGGGGGACUAACUAGUUGCAUUGGACUCCUAUUUACCGCACUUUAGGUGUGCAAAGUACUAUGUAAUAAGUUUUCAUGGUGUUUUAGAUCUUGAUUUAUGUAUUUCAUAGUUAAUGGAAUGAAGAAUUUAUACUUAUUGUUGUGCAGAUAUA